AAGAAGCAGACGCUCCAUAAGGGAAGUGGAGCAGCAGCAGCGGGCUGGCCUAGCAGCACUCGAUCGAGUGGCGCUGUGUCACAAUCACCGGGGGAUUUUAACGGAUUCUCAGGAGAAGCACGCAAUCUAAUUUUAAGAUAGCACAAUGGCCACCGAUUCGGGAUAUGGACAGCAUGGUGGCUCGCAGAGUUACGGUUCUUUUGGUGGUCAGCAGGGUAGUCAGACUUAUGGUCAAGGCCAAGGAAAUGGUGGCAGUGCUUACGGGGGACAAAGUUAUGGUGGUUAUGGUAGUCAACAAGCUGGAGCAACACAGGAGGGAUACAGUCAGUCUCAGGCAGGCUAUGGGCAGCAACAGGCCUAUGAUAAUUACGGACAGGAGUCAUCUGGUGAAAAGUCAUUCGGACAGCAGGCAUCAUUUGGUGGUCAGGGGCAAAGUGGAGAUGGCUUUGGUCAACAAGGGUCAUACAGUGGCCAGGGACAAGGUGGUGGAGGCGGUAGCGGUUAUGGAAGAUGGAGUGAAGGUGAAAGUGGUGGACAGGGUGGCAGGUAUGGCCGUGACCAAGGAGACCGGCCGGAGGGAGGCAGCAGCUACAGAGGCCGAGGUCGUGGCGGCUACGAACGUGGCGGCUACGACCGAGGCGGCUACGAACGUGGCGGCUUCGACCGAGGCGGCUACGAACGUGGCGGUGGAUAUGACCGUGGUGGACGAGGCGGACAUCCUGGUAUGGGAGGUGGUGACCGUGGUGGCUUCAAAAAUUUCGGUGGCUCUCGAGACUAUGGCUCAAGGGAUGAAUCGGGUGGAGAUCAGGACAACUCUGACAACAACACCAUUUUUGUCCAAGGCCUGGGAGAAGAAGCCACGGUUCAGGAAGUGGGUGACUACUUCAAGCAAAUUGGCAUUAUUAAGGUGAACAAGAAGACUGGUCAGCCAAUGAUCAACCUCUACUCUGACAAGGCCACCGGUCAGCCAAAGGGCGAAGCUACAGUCUCCUUUGAUGACCCGCCUUCUGCCAAAGCUGCUAUUGACUGGUUUGAUGGCAAAGAGUUCAAUGGCAAACCCAUCAAAGUGUCAUUUGCCACCCGCAGAGCUGAGUUUACACAGCGAGGCGGAGGACGAGGGAGUGGAAGAGGAGGUUAUAGAGGUCGCGGCAGUGGAGGUCCUAACUUUGACAUGAAGGGAGGAGACUGGCCUUGCCCCAACAGCUCCUGCGGCAACAUGAAUUUUGCACGGCGACAAGAGUGCAAUAAGUGUGGUGCCCCCAAACCUGGAGAUGCAGGAGGAUUUGGAGACCGUGGCGGCAGAGGUAGUUAUGGUGGCGACAGAGGGGGUGGAUUCCGUGGUCGUGGAGGAUUCCGUGGUGGAGACCGGGGCGGCUUUGGUGGUGACCGUGGUGGUGGAGGAUAUGGAGGGGGAUACAAAAUGGGAGGAAGAGGUGACCGGAGGGAUGACAGGAGAGAGCGGCCAUAUUAAAGUGUGGCGGAGAUGGACAUCACUCCAGCCACAGUCCAACAGAUUGAGAGCUUUGUCAAAGUGGGAUAAAACAGACAUUUUGACUUGUGCCCCUUUUUCAUAGACUGCAGCGAGUCAUUAAUAUUAUUCCAUCUAUAAUGUGAGGCAGUUUGUACUAUGACAAGGACUCAUUGGCUGUGGCAUGUGCUCAGAUGGGUUUGUUUUAUUUCUUUGUACAUCUUUUAAUUUUUUUGUCCUACUCUAGGCGCAGAUGUGUGGUAGACUUCGUACCAUUGUUUUGUAUGAAUGGAAUAAAGUGUUUUACUUUUUCUUCCCCCCCAAACAAAUAUUAAACUGUGAUCUUUC